AUGAGACAUUAUACUGGGAUUAAUAAUAAAUGCAGUGUAGAAGAAGUGAAAUUUACUCCAUCGAAAAGAAUUAUACCUCAUGGAUACUGUAUAAAGGAUGACUUAGACUGGAAACCGCACAGUACAGCAUUGGAUCCGGUGUAUUCUGAUUAUGGUCUUGACUGGUCAUCAAAACUGCGUCACAUUGAAGCGUAUAAAGAUGAGACAAGAAAUGAUGAAAAUAUAUGGCCAGAAUUAUCCAGUCAUUUGAGAACUUUUCCAGAAUCAAACUAUCAUGGAAUUAGUUCAGAAUGGUCAAUGUAUCCUAAUGGUUAUUCAACAGGAAAACGGUGUAUAUUCAAUGGAAUACAUCAACGAAGCGCUUAUUGUGACAAAGAGUAUACCUUUAAUUGUCGUUUCACACACAAAAGAAGGGGUGAUGAUAUUGACCAGACUAAUGGUAUCGUAAAUCCAAUGAAACCAGGUGAUAAAUCCUAUGGUGCUGUAGAAUAUUCGCCAAAUUUCUUCAAGAUUGACUCAGCAGUGCCAAAAGUUCAAUUUGGUUUAAUAACCCAUAUUCCGAAAAGAAUUGAAGUCCCAAGAUUUCCAGUGGAUCCAGCGAUGAAAUCAACACAAGCUGAAGCCAAUAAAGCCUUGAUGGCUGCUAUACGCAAAGAGAUAGUUGAAUUAGACAACUGGAAACCAGCGCCAACUUUAACAGAGACUAUAUCAUCAGUGAAAUUUUCAAAGAAAUAAAUAAAUGCAUUAUACAGUAUUAAUAUCAAUAUUAUUAAUAAUAAUAAUCCUUUCAUUUCAAAAGAAUAUUUUACAAACACAGCGAUUUUUGUUAAACCUUUAGAGUGAAACUUCGUUUACAGUUCCAUCGCGAAUAAAA